AAGACUUGAAAAUGUUGAUAUCAAAUCGGUUUUACAUAAUUUAGUUGAGACAUCAGUGACUGAAUAAUUGGUCAUUAACACACAGAGAAUAAAAUGCACGUAAGCCGCUCAAGUUCUGCAUUUAGCUCGACUGUUGUUCAGAAUCAUGGCGGAAUUAACUACCCACUGCGCCAGGAGAUACACAGAAGUGUCAGUCAGCAGUUCAUGUAUAACUAUGGACCCCAUCCGGCAAUACGCAACCCAGUUUUCAUACCAGAAGCCAUCGAAUAUCAGCCACGGGCGAUAGGUUAUGGACCGACGAUCACCCGACCUAAUCCAGAACUUGAAGCUGGAGGCUAUGGUCAUCCAAAUGAAGGAUACGUACAAAACGAACCUAUUACACCCGUUAUCAUGAGAGGCCAAGGAAAGUCUAGAACUGACGAAGAAGGGCAAGCAAAAAGCGCUGACGAAACAGAAGAAGCAAAGAACCACAGAAUGAAAAUUCCAGUAUUCACCAUUUUAAAACGAAUUUUCUCUGCGUUGCUGAUUAUUGGGGACGUCUUCAUAGAUUGGACGUCCUUCGCUGAUGUGAUAAUGGGAACGACUUCUGACAAGGCGAAUGAAAAGUUUGCUUUCUCUUUUCCAAAACGAGAUGAAGUAAUAGCUUUAAUAAACAACAGCAGAUCAAAGAGCAUGGAAUGCAGUUUUCCGAAAUAUAACACCUAUUAUCUUACGUUUUCCUACGGCAUUUUCGUACUGCUCGGCACAUUGUUCACGAUUGUCAAAUUGCUGAACAUCAUUGGAGAAACCGUACGUGAAAUUGGAGAAAGGGACCAGAAACAAAAGAGGAAAAGAAAGAAAUCGGGAGAAAAGAAAUUGAAGUCUGUUGGGUUUCAAAUACUUCACGGCUGGAUGGAAACGUUUCUAGCGCUUCUCUUCGAAGAUCUUCCACAGAACUUAACAUUAAUGCUGUACUCGUGGACAUGUAAAGGUAAAGCCUUAAAUUCAUCCAAAGUAUUCGUUUCAAUGAUUGGCUCUUCUGUGAAAAACAUGGUUCGAAAAUCAACAUGUAAGCAGAAAAGUGCGUGCGCCUGCUGUCUUUACAGGUAUGACUGCGGUUGCUUGAAUUUCACGUGUUGCUCAUUAAUUUGCUGUUCGUGCCUAAAAGCGGCUCAAAAUUUUUAUCCCGACGGGAGCUUAAUUGCAUAUGGCAACAUGAUGCCUAUCGAAGAUGUAGAGGACGAUUGCAUAUGUUGUAAAUGCGUUAACCUUGAGUGGGGAUAUGAAAUGAAUUUUCCUCCCUUAUGCUCUUGUGGCCGUUGUAUCUGUAUCAGACAGAUGGGUUGCUUUAUGAAUGAGUUUGAAGAGAGUGCGUGCUGUAAGCUGGACUGUUACGGCUGUUGUGGGAAGAGAAUUGACAAAGAUCCGGUAUGGGUAGAGAAAUAUAUCACUCGAAUGCAAAUGGGUAACAUUGUCAUAAUUAUCGUGUAUUAUUUUAAAGACACUUUAAUUAACUUUAUUUUUCGCAUCUUCGCCGGCUUAAUAUUUUGAAGCGGGCAAUGUGUCAUGCAUUUGAUGUUUUCUACAGACAAUUCCUUCAUUGUAUACAAUUUAAAUGUAUAUUUUUGACAUAUACACGGAAGCACCAAAGUACUUACUAUGACAUAUAUGAGCCAUGUCAUGAGAAAACCAACAUAAUGGGUUUGUGACCAGCAUGGAUCCAGACCAGCCUGCGCAUCCGCGUAGUCUGGUCAGGAUCCAUGCUGUUCGCUAACUGUUUCUAUAAUUGCAAGAUGCUUUGAAAGCGAACAGCAUGGAUCCUGACCAGACUGCGCGCAAAGCCAUUAUGUUGGUUUUCUCAUGGCGCGGCUCAUAUACUCAGAUCUAUCUUAUGAUCACAAUGUAUGAAUUGAUUUUCGUGGAUAGACGCUUUUUAAUUUGCAUUGCUUCAACAUUAGUUCAAUCAACAAUUGUAUAUAGUUUUUAUUAGUCGAUAACAGUGACUAUUUUUCCACUGCACUUAUAUUCUAAUAUACUAUCAUUUUUAGGGACAAAACACUUUUUAGUUCAUAAAUUUAGUGAACAUUCGAAAGGCGGUGGCAUCGGGAUUAAACUAUUAAAGAUGUCAACAAAAUAUCUCGGAAGAAACAUGAUGUUGUACUAUUUCAUUAUUGUAAGGAGUCAGUAGGAAUAUAAUUAUAAACAAUAAAAGGAGGUGUCUGCCACCUUAAUUAGCUGUAUUCCAUUUGGGUUCAUGAUGUAUGUUUUCAAACAAACUUCUAGUAUUUGUUUAACCAUCACAGUAUCAGUUUUUAAGUGUCGUGUGGCGGCCGUAAAAUGCCACUCCACCCUCAACGUUUUAUAUUUUCCUUUUUCUUUGGAGCUAGGGAAUCUAUUCAACAUAUCUGUAAAACAGAGUUCCGCUUAAGCUGGCGCUAUGGGCGUGAGUGGUGUUGAACAUCCUAUUACCUCUCGUAAACAAAUUCAGACUCCAUCUAACUGAGUCCGCACAAUUUUGUUUGAAUGGUUGUUGUAUAUGUUAUAUUUAUGUCAAAUGUUUGCUUCGUCCAUUAUUGUUAUUUGAUCAUGUAACUGCAGUGUACACAUUGAUUAUAAUUUCAUAAUUAUAUUAAAUACAAUAACAGUAAA